GAGCUAAUGGCAAAUCCCUUGACCAACUGGAACUCGGACCUUUGUGGCUGUUGUACAGAUGCAAGUAUUUGCUGCUAUGGCUUCUGGUGCUGCCCUUGCAUGGCCUGCUCGGUUGCAGGAAACAACGGAGAGAACCGUUGUCUCCCGUUAUGUGACAUACUCAGCCCUGCAAUAGUAGCAGCCUGUGGCAUCCCUCUGUGUGUGCCUCCUGCGGCUUUGGCUCUACGGGUUGGCAUUCGACACAAGUAUGGUAUCCAGGGUUCUAUUUGUAAGGAUAUCGCCACUUCCUGUUUCUGUGAGUGUUGCUCCUAUUGUCAGAUGCAUCGUGAGUUAAAGUACCGCAACAGCAACAAGGUUGUGGUUGUCAACAUGCAGCCUUCUCCAAUGAUGAUGGCUCCUGGAAACCCACCUCCUGCUGGUUUUAGGGGGCAUCCAGGGGUUGUUACAGCUCCUUCAUACUGAGCUUUGUGGUUUCUAAUUGGUCUGCCCUGUCUUGUUAAAGACACUGGAUUUAGCUGAGAUCCAUUAUCUGAGGUGUGACUGUGUUGUGAUAGUCUGAUGAUUACUUUUGGUUUGAUUUGAGAGGACACAUCUUUGUUUGGAUUUUUUUUUUUAAGUAGUGAUGUAAAAAAUGUAAUCACAUGCUGGGCCCAAAGGCUCAGCCUUUUUUCUUUUCAUGAAGCAAAUACAUAACUUUAAUAAACAUACAGACACAUGACCUAAUUAGAUCAAAUGUGCAGUAUUGCACAACCCUCUUAAUUGUGUUUCACAGAUGAAAACUGAGCUACAGUUUUUGAUGUAACUGUAUAUUUUUAAGCUGUGAUUCUAUAAAUAUUAAAUUUUGUAAAGGCAGAAUCUACAGAGUAACCUACAUUUACAGUGUUACUGCACACUUGUGGUCAGGAUGCCUCAUAUGCCCUUCCACAGUGGCUGUAUGAAUGAAAAAUGCAUAGUAUUUACAUGUAAAGCAUGUCACACACUGCCUCAACUUGCAUUUGAAUGUUAAUAUUCUACCACUGAUGACCAACAGAUGGGGCAAUAGACCAUCAAGGUGUUACCUGUUUUAUGAAAGGUUCUG